AUGCUCUUAGAUGCCGGUUAUCGUUCAAGCGGUACAUACACAAUCUACCCAGAGGGAUUCGGUGUUGGCAGUCCUCGUGUCUACUGUGACAUGGGAACUGACGGCGGAGGAUGGAUCGUGUUUCAGAGGCGACAAGAUGGCAGCGUAGACUUCUACCGUAACUGGGCCGAGUACCAGUCUGGCUUUGGCGAUCUGUCCGGUGAGUUCUGGUUGGGCAAUGACAACUUGGUGACUCUGACGUCUGAUGAUUCACGUGGAACAUGGGAGCUAAGCGUUGAUUUAGAGGACUGGGAGGGCAACACAUCAUGA